CGAGUGGAGAGCAGCAGCCUGCGGGUGCCAGAAACGGGACCAAUCACAACUUCUGCGCUGCUGAAUGACACCGGGAGCCCAGCCUCUGAAACUUUUGUUAUUUCUUCCCCUCAGCCGGCUCCGAUUGUUCCCACCACUUGGUCGCAGACUCGGACAAGUUGCCAGAUCUGCAGGCGGCUCCCGCAGGCUGCUGCCCAGCUCCCAGAGGCAGAGGCUGCCCAUUUUGACCUUGCCAGCCACCCAGCGGCAGCUGUGUUACUGACCCUGCUUCUGUUCACACACACCUGAGGUGGGUGACAGCGUCAUGGAGGACUAACAAGCCAGCUCCACAAAGGCUGUCUAAAACAAAAAGAGAAGAUAAUAGGCACUUUGCACUGUUCCUGACAACUCUUCUUCUUUCCUGCACUCCUAAAACCUCUGAUUUGUGCCCUCUGCUUUCUUGUUGCCAUGGAGAAGGUCCAAUACAUAACCCGCUCUGCUCUGAGGAGAGCCUCAACUAUUGAGGUCAACCCACAAGCACGCCAAAGGCUCCAGGAGCUCUUUGUGAAUUUCUGCCUGAUUUUAAUUUGCCUCUUGCUGAUCUGCAUCAUUGUGAUGCUCCUCUGAAGCUCCAGCACUUCUCUGCACUGCCCGCUAGGAAAGCCACCCAAAGGGAAGAGACCUCCACCUCCAACCCCAAUGCAAGGAUCCUCUUGGGAGCGGGGCUAGCACUUGGACUAAAGCUGUAUGCCAGCCGCAGCACUCUUCUCUUCCCACCUGCUACAUGUAUUAAACACACACUUCUGUGCAGAACGGUGUCUCGAGCCUGUGUUACACAGCUGUGCAUGACCUAAUUUACCUGUCUCGGGCCAGAGCUGUCUUUUGUGACUGGUGUAAAGCACUGCCUCUCCGGGGAGCUGGUAAGUUUCUCCAGGCUUUAGCCAGCUCUCGGUGGUUUAGCCAGUACACGCAAACAGCAACUGCAUGUCUUCAGGGCUGGGUGUCUUUUAGUUUCUCUGAAAGCCCGUAAGCCACUGGGCCUAUCCCAAAUGCAGCCACAGCAGAGCUGCAGACACACAGAUCCACAGCACAGACCGGGAGAGUUUCUGCUCUGCUUACUCCAAGACACUGCACCUCCGUGUUACCGACUGAAGGCGUUCAAAUUGUUCUAGCAUUUUUAGGAGAAUGAGAGAAAGAGAAAAAUACCUUCUAGCCCAGAUUAAAUUACUUCAAAUGCUUUUCUCCCUAUUUAUGGGAUCUUAUAUAUAUGUAUAUACACACACAAUGUGGAUCUGAAAAAAAGGCAACUCCAUUCACAACAUUUUUCACUGACGCACUUUCACUAGAUAGAAACUUCCAGGUUUAAAAAACAUCUGGAAGGAUCUUUCACUAUGUUUUUACAGGACAAUUGACACUACCAUACUGGUAUCAACGAUUUCAUUUUCUGUAAGUGACAUAACAAUUGGCACAACUGAAAAAUCAAAAAUAGUUCUCCAACUUCUUAAUACUUGGCUUCAGGAAAGUUUAUUAUGGCCUGAUGCAAUGUACACAGUAAUUGCCUUAGUUUAAAACUACAAAAAACCUUGAGAUUAGCCAAUGUCAUUCUAGGUGGCUUAUAUUUGAUGCAGUAAAGCAAAAGGUUUAGGUUACCCUUACUACUGUGACUGGGGUAUACCAUAAAAAGCCAAGUAACAUCACCAUCCUCAACUGCAAACACCCCUUAGAGAAAAAACAAGCAUUUUCCUACGAUAAAUGAUACAUACCAUUAUGCACCGGAAGGAAAGCAUUGCAGAAAAAUCUCUUCAGUAUGUAAACCACAGUCUGAACACAUAAAAGAUGAAAUUUCUGCUCCAGCAGUUAUUGGUAAUAAGCCUGAGCACACUUCCAAUACUCCCACGUUGCUGGUGUUAAGCUAAAUUUCUAGAAACUUUAGUUUUCAAAUUUAAAGAAAGCUCAAGAACUGCAGAGGUCAGACAGACAUCUAUUUUCAACAGGAAUCUUUCUAUACUGCCCCAUGCAAGCAAUCUCAUUGAUAAAUGCAAAAAAAAAAUCAAGUUUAUCUUAAUCUCGUAUUCUGCCUUUAAGACUUAACAUUGCCUACAUAGAGGUUGACAAUGAACAGCUGAGCAGGAAGAAAAGAAAUCUUUGAAAAAAAAUCUGUAUUGGAUGUAAUGAAAGCCCAGUGGUGAUGCACAGCCCAACUAGCAAGUAGAUGUGCUGAGAGCAGAUCACUGGAACAAGGUUAAUCACUAGAGUUAGUUAAUUAGUUACUGUAUGAGAAUUAAGGCAAGCACUGAUGAAAUCAGCAACACAGGCACCCCAUUUCGAGUUAGUCUAUCAGUAUUACUGACUACAGCUGUCAAUAAAAAUUUCACUUUCUGUUUCACGCCUUCUGACCGCUCCCACAAAUGCAUGAGAUUUUGGUACGCGUACUUUCCCUAUUUCUACUUCUUAAGAAAGUUCACAAAUAUUGUACUGCUUCAGAGGGGAAAAUAAUAAUCAUCAUAAUAAAGUUACUUUGUUCUCCUUUUAAUACUAUAUUUUUGUGAUGGGCAGGGUUUGUAGUUUUAGAUUGCUUUGGAAGUGUUUCAAGAAACUUGUACUGGAAAUAAUCUAACAGUUUUAUAGUACUGAAAACUCCCUGAAGAGGAAAGGUGCUAAGAGUAAAAUACCAAUGCAUACAUUUUAAGAAUAUUUUGGAAUUAGAGGUUCCACAAGCCGGUCAUAUACAGAAGUCAAAGCAAAGCAUUGCUAAGAAUAAGGCAAGCACCACACUCCAUAAAAAAUAGAAUACCCACGUCUCUCUUAUGUACCUGAAAAUCCAUUAUUUAUUUAAAAAUAAUAAAUAGCCAAUAACAAAACCAGGAUAUGAAUAGGCUGGAAGUCCUGCAGUUAUUUUUCAGCACGUACCAUGAGGUUCGUUUGUGUCUUGGGUUCUAUUGAUACGAAAAACUGCUACCACGCUCUGCAUCACCAAACGUCAGCCAAACCCAGAGAUAAACCCUUCUGUACAUAGUAUUCUUCUUUGUAUGCUUGUAAGAGCUUUGCAACUAGCAUCUACUGUAUUUUUAUUUAUUAAAAUGACUGUUUGAAAAUAUAUUAAUGCAUAAAAUAAGAUAUCCAAAUACAAUUCAGUUUAUAAGUAUCCAUCCUAUUAUCUACUUAUAAAUUAAAAUGAUGUGAAAAAGAACUAGUUAUCACAAAGCUUUCUGAUUCUUUAUACCUCUGUCUAUUCUGCUUUAGUUUUCAACAGAAAUCUUGUGUAUUUUGCUAUGUCUAAAUCGCUUACACACACUUAAUUUUCACUCACCGACUAGUACAUAUAGUACUAGUGAAUUUUAUGGAAGUUUAAGCAAUAAGUUCAAUACUUUUAUAAGCCAUAAUAAAAAUUCCAGAUUCAGCAGGUGGCUUGGAUUAAGUUUUCAUUUCUCUGUUCUGCUCCACCCAAUGUUAUGUAUUUUUGCUCCUUUGUCUUACACACUGAUAGUGAAUAAAGAAAGCUGAACAGGC